AUGUUCUUCUCCUUCUCCACCGCCGCCGCCGCCGCAGUGGCGCUCCUCGGCCUCAUGGUGGCGUCGGCCUCUCGAGCUGCGUCCAAUCUCAACUGUUCCUGCACAACACUUCCUGGAGGCAAAGUCAGGUUCGAUCUAAGCCCCGCCCCCCCAGACGACUGCCUGGAGGCGAGGCAAUGGCUCCUCCUCAAUGGAACCGCGAUAGUUGCAAAGGAUGAUUUCGAUCGUUCUUUGGUCUUGUCCGUCACACGUCAAAGUCUGACCCUGAAGGCAGUUUUGGGCCAUGUCCAGUUCAACGCAUGGUGUUCCAGUGGAUACUUUGAGGCCGACUGCACGAGUGAGAUUAAUACUUUACUUUCUCCAGCCAAUCACAGCUCCCCGACUCCAGCACCAGAGAUCUCGUCUGAACGUGGCCCUGUCCCUGUCCCUGUCCCUGUCCCUGUCACUGUCACUGUCCUGGUCCCCAUGGCCUUGGUUUUGGUCCUGCUUCCGGUUUGGUUCCUGUGCCCGAAAUUCAAGCGCUGGACCCAGAAAAUCCCGCCCUGGAUCCAGACCCGGACCCCUGCCUGCAUCCGGUCCCGGGUCUGUGGCACCGAACCUCCUCCGUCUUCAUCGUCUCCAGAGUUUGAGAAAGUGCCCCUCAGUGACGUCCCCCGCACUGAGACCGUCUGA